CCAGGCAGGCUCCGCACUGUCAGCACCGAGCCCGAUGUGGGACUUGAACUCACGAGCCGUGAGAUCAUGACCUGAGCCGAAGUCAAGGGUCCGACGCUUAACCCGCUGAGCCACCCAGGUGCCUCCGGCCUGUGCUCAGUUUUGAGUCACAUUAGUCAAGGCUACAGAGACAAGCUCUCUGAUUCUGUUAACAUGUCUCGAGCCCGUUCUUUCUUUAUUCCAACUCUUGGCACAAUUAGGAGCUGCCAGCCCACACAGCUUCAACACAGUUCACCCCAGUGGCCGCGUGGCCGGCCUCCCCUGGGCUCCGGAGGCCUCCAUUCCAGGUGAGCCCAGGACGUGAGCUCGGUCACCGUGUCUCCUCUGUGGGUCACGCUUCCCUCUUGAAAUGCCAACGGGGUCUGCCCUGCUUGAGACCCUGACGGCAAGGGUAACCGCCGCCAGAUUCCUCUCUUCUUGAGGGUCUCCUCGGGGUGCCCGGUUGCAGACAAGAGGGCCCACGGUAGCUCAGGCUGUGAGGCUUAGAGCUUCCGAGAGGAACGGACAGCCAGGUUCAAUGCCACUGACCAGGAAUAACACGCUUGGGAGAGACAAGGGUUUCCAGAAACCCCCCUGCAGCCCUGCUUGUCACCCCCGUUCAUAACGUAGGCACAGGCCAUGGCCCCAACCCGACGCCCAAGUCCCAGGAGGCGAGGCCCAGCACAUGGCUGCUCUUGUGUUCCUCCGGCUGCCUUUCCAGUCUCGUCAGCGGGAGGGCGAAGACGCAGACCCGGACGGGCCCUCGAAGCGGUCGGAUAGCCCUGGAAGGUCGGGGGGCGGACCCCAUCCCAGCUGGGGACCACGGAGGAGAAUGUGGAUGGGACGGGGAGAGCUGUGUUGGACACGCGACGAUGCAGAGAGAGAGAGAGAGCUUCCAGCGGGGACCCAGCCCUGCGGAGGCCUGGGGACCGGGUCGUACGCGGGCGGGCGUGCUGGGUGCCCUUGGGGCCUCUCCACGGCGGAAAGCACCCAGCCGUCCCAGAGCCCACGUCCUCCUCACCCUUCUGUCUGUUGCAAUCCUCUGUGUCUUUCCCGGUGACUGGACACAGGGCCUGGUCGUUCCCUCGUCCGUCACAGAUCGUAGACUGUCUCCAGGAGAGUCGCACCGAGGGCGCGGAUUCAGGAUUCAGCCAACGCCUUACUCGCCCUUUGAGCACGCGACCCAGGCGAAACCUCCAAUCGCAGAAGCGCGUUGGGGUCCCUCCUGGCAUCGUGCGGCCAACACCUGCAAACCGUCCCCGGUCCCUGCCCUGUUCCACCUGGGCCGGCCCUUGCUCCCCGCGGAAGCCCGGGAAAGAGGGCCCCCACCGCCUCCUGGCGGAUCCUCUGCGCGGUCACAGAGCCCACGCCGCACUUGGCGUCGGCAGCCCACGGGGGCUUGGUGUCCUUCCCCAGGCCUUAGACUCCCAGCCGCGAUGCACCGCCUCGGAGAGGCAGGGCAUUUCCUGGCGGCCGCCCGGCAGUCGGCCCGGCCUUUAAAUCAGUUGACGUUCUCUACGGCCCCGGGAGACAGGGCAGGAUGCUAUCCCAGCUCGCACGUGGGGAACCCAAGGCCUCUGCCAAAGUCACUCCGCUGGCAAGAACCUAGGGCCCUUCCUGCCUCUCGCCGGUCAGCUGGCAUCUGGUGGCAAGGCGGGGCGCGCUUCCCUGCCCAGGCCUUGUGUCGGAAUCACCAGGGAACAGAUUGCACACCCACUAGAUCAGGGUCUCCGGGGUGGGGCCCAUGCCCUGCUGUUGCUUUUUCGAUACCCAGGGGGUUCCCGUGUGCGGCCUCCGUCAUGGCCACUGCCAUUCCCGCUGUGGCCGGUGGGGGGGUGGGGCUUUCCCCCGAAUCACCCACCAUCGUGAAGAUUUAGGAACACGUUGUGCGAGUGGAGGACGUCUCUGGAAGAACUGGGGAAAAAUCAGGGCUGGAGAUCGUUUUGAAAUCCUGAGUUCACCUGGGGACACCGGGCUCUGUCUCGCCAGCUCAGAAACGGCCGAGCAAGACAAGACACAUAAGCGCUCAGGGCUUUGAUGAGGAACCGGAAUAUUUAUACAAGAAACAACAACCGAAAAAGGGAAAAAGCAAAAAGCAUCCAGACUGAGCCUGCUGUGUGCGCUUUUGCUCCAACAGCAGCCCUGGGGCCCGGGGGGGCGGGGGGGGGUCCUAUUUCUGGAAUGCGUCUCUUUGCCUCGUGCUGUUGCUGUUUCAGCAGGAAUGUUCUGGACGCAGGCAGGCUUUCUGUCGCCCUUGCUCUGGUCUGUGGGCUAACACCUACGCUGGGGCCUCCUUCGCAUACAAGUGAUGAAUGUCAGGCCCAAGGAGGCUCCCUGGGUCCUUGCUGCCUGCCUACCCAGGCCCUCGCCGAGGAGUUUGGGGUUCAAGCAGGGUGUCACCGCUCGACUCUCGUCUGGGGUCCGCAGAGAACCCCUGAGUUGCGCCCUGCAGGCUCCCGGGCCCCUGGCACUUUCAGAGCACAUCUGUGGCCUUGCUGGCGGUACGCACAGGGUCCGGAGCUGUCUGCCUCCGCUGGGGUCACUCCCUGCACGUCUUCAGGGCCGAGAGCCACCCUGUCAAUGUCCCCUGUUCUGGGAAGGGCGAGUCCCCAACUUGGCCCAGUCACCAGAGGCGGAUUAAAGUGCUGGGUGUAGACCUCUGGCCCUGAGGACAGCCGGAAACACGAACCUCAUCUCCCUCUGCAGAGCCCCUUGGGGCACAGACCUCCUGGCUUGGUCCCCGGCGCCAUUCUGUCCCCCCACUGCCCCCCACAACAUCUGUUCCUAAAGGUUUGCUUUGUAGUCAUUCACAGGUACGUAGGCAACAUUCCCCCCAGAAAUUCGGGCACGUCCCCCUCUUGCCUUAUAAAUGCUUUACCACCUGCUGUGGGAAGCCUCAGUUUCUGCUCCCGAAAGACUGGAAACGAUGCCCCCCAGACAACCGGGUGCGAUGACAUCAUACUGCGACAUGGGUCGCAGCCACCGGCGUCCUUCCUCAAACGUUCCCAACAAGGCAGACAGGCCAGCACUUGUGGUCACCUGAGGCACCUCUCUCACCUCUGACUCUGCACUUUGGCCCCGGAUGGACCUCGGUUCAACUCUGAGCACCGGGCUCUGACCUCCCCGUGAGCGCCAGGAGCCCCCAGGAGACAGAUUUCAUGCCCUGAGCUGCUGAAGCCGAAAAAAAAGCUGGCGUGGGGGACUAAGAAUGAGAACCAGGAUGGGGAGGGGGGUCCAGAAAAGAGAAGGGCCUGGCAGGAAGACCAGACGGCAGCUGACUCGGUCACAGGCCACGGUCGUCGGGGGGCCCUGCCCAGCUUCAUGGCUAUGGCUGUAAACAGGUGUCUCCUCCCUCCGGGCCCUCCCUCCAAGGCACGUUCAGGCAUCCACGCGUCCUUGCCAGCUGGCCUGGACCUUGGUGGCCUUGCUCAUUCGCUGGCCCCCCGGACCCGUGGCAGGAGCUCUGAGGGAGCCCCAGUCCCCUCCGUCUCCUACCUCGGGCAGCUGGGCAGUGUUCCCGCCUGUCACUUCUGCUUCCCCCCUGGCGGGUGAUGUAAGGUCAGGCCUGCUCUUGCAAGGAGAAGGUCAAAAGAGCUCGCUCGCGCCAAGGAUGGGGCGACGGGGCUGCAAAAGAAUGAGAAAUUUAGCUAACAGUCAACUCUGUGAACAGUCCAGCCUCCCUGCACCCGCCCCCCACCCC